AUGGACAUCCUUCCUCUACCGAGUGUUCUGCGGUUUGUCGCCAAGAAUGCACUCGCAACCGUUCGAGACAAGGCUGAGUUAGCGUCGACUUCUACUAUGUUAGCAGUGUUGACAGAGGAGAAAAUUUCCAAGGAUAUCAAAGGCACUGAACCCCUUACUGCUCUUCACGACUCGUGUAUGAUGCGAAAAUUGAACCGGUUUUCUCUGUUUGCGUCGUGUUUCAGACACGGGUUGCAUUAUUUUACAUCGGUAAACUGGGACCUUCGUGAUUUUCUUACUCCUGCAUCAUCCUUUGAUUUUCGGUCCGGCAGAAAGGGCUGUGCCAUGGUGGGUCCCUCCUCGGGCCUCGAGGACCGCGCCAAUGUAGUCACACAGAAAUUGAAGAGCACUCUCUAG